AAGCGCUUUAAGGCCAACAUGAUCGUGAACAUGAUUGGACAAUGGCAGGAGACCGAAAUCACAGGGCAAUCCAUCCCUGUAGGCGGCCUGGUGUACUACAUUUCUCCGCCGCACUCCUUCGGCGAGGUCUGGGACGAUCCAAUUCACGCCCUCUUCUAUGUGAUUUUCAUUUUGGUAUCUUGUGCGCUUUUUUCGAAGGCCUGGAUCGACGUUUCGGGCUCUUCAGCCCGCGAUGUGGCCAGGCAGCUUAGGGAGCAGCAGCUUAUGAUGCCAGGUUACCGAGAUUCUGACCUGCCCAAGGUACUCAACCGCUACAUUCCCACCGCCGCUGCUUUUGGUGGUGCUUGCAUUGGUGCCCUGACCAUCGUAGCGGACUUCCUUGGUGCCAUUGGCAGUGGAACUGGCAUCCUCCUAGCCGUGACUAUCAUCUAUGAGUACUUUGAGAAGAUUUGCAAGGAAGAGGGCCAAGGAGCAGCCUUCUUGUUCUAAGCGCCAGAGUCACUGGCCUGGAAUCAUGCAGAAUUGUUGGAUCGCACCUCGUGAUUAACAUGAACGCACCUUCCAAGAUGCAGCGAUCAGGGAGCGUUCGUUCAGCUCCGGAGAUGCUUGGUCAACUCCACUGGAGUGACCACAUCUCAGCUUCACCCUAACACACAGCGUGAAGGGCUGUCACAGCCCUUUCAAGUGACAAGAGGCUUCGAGAAAGUCGACAUUCUUACCAAACAAUCGCGAAG